AUGAUGGACUUUAAUAUCGCAAACCCUCUUCAAUACCUCGAAGAUUUGGAUGCGAGUUAUUUCGAUGAGACACUGGCAUUGCCUACUACUGCCACAACUGCCGCUACUGCCACUACUGCCACUACUGCUACCAGUGCUGUAGUGUCGUCGUCUAGACCAAUGCUUGCUCCAAAACCCAACAUGGUAGCUCUCCCAAUGGUUCCACCACAAAUGCUAUCGUCUUCUUCAUCUUCAUCAUCAUCAUCGUCGUCAACUACUAUUAUGCCGAUGCAUUCUACCAUGCCGUCAUUACCAAAUUACCAAGUUCCACUAGUGAGUCAACUCGCUCCCUCCAAGAAACGACCUCUGGAUUAUUAUUAUUAUUAUAACGGCGGUGAUGUUGGUGGUGGUGAUGUUUCCUGCUACCUUCCUCCUCCACUCAAGAAGGUGCACCAACCAAGACCCAUGCCCACCACCACUACUACGACCACCACCACUACCACUACGGCUAGUAUCAACAAAACGAUCCAAUCCAAACCGACGAAACCCAUGGCACGACGACUACAACUAGACAAGACGGAUACAUUGGAGGAUCAACGCAAGGAGCGCAAUCGAAGGCAUGCCAAAAAAAGUCGACAACGACGCAAAUCGCUUACCAACGAUCUGCAACAAUCCUUGAAUUCUCUCAAGGUUGAGAAUUCCAAAUUACGCAACGAACUUUACAAGCAAGUCGAACCACAAAAGGUUGAUUCCAUGGUGCAAUCCAAACUUUCCAAACCAGCCAAUCAAUUUAUUGAAGAACUCAAGAAUUACCGAAAACAAUCCUUGGACAAUACUACUGUCGCCUACCUUCAAACCCUUUCCAAGACGGCGGCAAAAUGUGCCGACGAGUUUCGAAAUCAUCAUCAUCAGCAUCAUCAUGAUCAUCUUGAAUCAUCAUCUGACGACGACGACCAAGACACUACUGUUGUUUCAUCCUAA